AUGAGCGAAAGCCAGAAGCUCCUGCAUGAGCAUCCUUCAGACAGCGACUCGGAACCUGAACACGAACAGAAGACGAGUCCACGGAACCUGUCGCCAUCUUCUAAAUCAUCGCGCACUGCUUCCGAAUCUCCAGUACCCCCGGAUUCACGUCCAAAUGGUGGCAUCAAGCGCCAAUCGUCGUUUGCACAGCCGCGGCCUGAUGGCGCACCGAGGACGCCGAAUCGAGUGCGCUUCGAAGAGCCGAGGAGAUCCAUAAAUGGAAAUGGGAAUAAUGCUGGCGACUGGUUGGAGCUGGAAGGCGACAACUACCUGGAUGACCCGGACGGCCAUGAAAGAGUGCAAAGACUGCCGUUGCUUACCGGCAUUGAGGCGCCCAGUGUUACGGUUGCGAAUGAGUCGUUCAAUCCAGAAGACCAUUUGGAGAACGCGCGGCCACGCAGCGGUAUGCGAAGCGCUUUCAUGAAUAUGGCAAACAGCAUCAUAGGCGCAGGUAUCAUUGGUCAGCCAUAUGCAAUUCGUAACGCAGGGCUCAUAACAGGCACCGCGCUUCUCAUCGGCCUCACCAUCGUGGUAGACUGGACAAUACGGCUCAUUGUCAUAAACUCGAAGCUCAGCGGAACAGAUUCGUUCCAGGCCACGCUCGCCAAAGCCAGUGGCCUGGCACUUGUCAGUAUGAUCGUCAUCAUCAUCACAGUCGUGACCCAAGCAUUCCGCGUACCCCCAGAAUCGAAAGGCCAACUCCGUGGCUCGCUCGUUAUAAACUCCGGCAUAUUCGAAGCCAUAGGCGUAAUAUCCUUUGCUUUCGUCUGCCAUCACAACAGCCUGCUCAUCUACGGCUCGCUGCGCAAACCCACCAUCGACCGCUUCUCGCGCGUAACACAUUACAGCACCAGCAUCUCGCUGGUCGCAUGUCUCGUCAUGGCUCUCUCAGGUUACUUGACCUUUGGAGACAAGACGCUAGGCAAUGUGCUUAACAACUUCCCAGAUGACAAUCUCAUGGUCAACAUUGCACGCCUCUUCUUCGGCCUCAACAUGCUCACCACCCUCCCCCUUGAAGCCUUUGUGUGUCGAGAAGUAAUGAACAACUACUGGUUCCCUGAUGAACCUUACAACCCCAACCGCCAUCUCAUCUUCACCACCUCGCUCGUCGUCACCGCGCUUACCCUAUCCCUCCUCACCUGCGAUCUCGGUGUCGUCUUCGAACUUUUCGGCGCUACUUCUGCGUGCGCAUUGGCGUUCAUCCUGCCGCCUCUUUGUUAUAUCAAACUGAGCCAGAAGAGCAGCAAGACGUAUCUUGCAGGCGGAGUUGUGGCGUUUGGAUGCACGGUCAUGGUCAUCAGCAUCAUCAAAACUACGAGCAAGACGAUGAUGGGGAACAAUGAGAGCGCCAAAUGUGGUUGA